AUGCAAUCUUCUGCAAAGCUUUAUUUGUACCAACUUUAUGCUCAAAGCAUUUACAAUUCCCCAAUUUCUAUUAGGGAAUCAAUUAGGAAAAACUCUAUUAGAGCAGAAAUGAGGAUAAUUGCCGAAAUUAUAUUUAGAGGAUUUACAAGAAUUGAAAAGUUAGGAGAACAAAAUCUGUUAGAAAAUAAAGAAUUGGUUGAAAUUAUAAAGAAAAAGACAAAAUGGUUAAGGCAAAUAAUUUUUGAAAAUGCCUUUAUUUCCGAAGAAAAAAUUUGUUUAAUGAAUAGGUAA